GGUCCCAGCGGGGGGCGACUGGACCAGGCCAUCGAUUAGCGCCAGGGCAACACAACACCGCGUUGCCUAACUCAUCGGGCGCAACUAGGGCGCACGCCCGCGACACCGUGUGGGACCGAGUCCAGCCGUAGGGAACUGGAGCCAGGACCUGCGGGUGCAGCUGCCGGGUGGACCGGGCGGCCGUGGACCGGGCCCAGCUGACCGCAGGGUGCUCCGCCCGACAUGUGCGCCGGGGUUGCCGCUGACGGGGCCGACGCGAAGUCGCCAACAUAACGCUGCCCCGGGUCCCGAUCGCCUGGGCCUCCUCGCCGGCCUCCUGCAGCACAGGAGCCGACCAGAGGCGCGUGGUUGACGCUCUUCUCCAGGGUGGCGUCGCCGCCGCCGUCAUGAGCGUGUCCUGAGGACGCCGUUUCCCGUGGCCCCGCGGCUGCGCCCGCUGCGCGACGUUGGCAGCUCGCCCCCCGCGGCCAUGAGCAGCUUCCGCAGCCUGAGCGGCGGCAACGGCGGCAUGGACAGCCUGAGUCUGACGGUGCCGCUCACGCCCCAUGUCGGCUCGGGCGGUGCGGCCAGCUCUGGCCCGGCCGAGGUGCGCCUGGCUGGCGUCGACACCAAGGAGAAGAUGUACGAGCCCAAGCAGCGCAAGAAGCUGGUGCGCGUGCUCACCGUCGUGUCGUAUCUGUUCUUCGUGUCGCUGGCCGCCGCCAUGCUCUCCCUGUACUACGUGUUCCUGUGGAAUCCCUCGUCCAAAGCCAGGCACCCGACCGACGAGCAGCUGCGGCUGCAGGAGCAGUCGGCGCUCCGCGAGGUGCAGCGCAUCCAGGAGCUGCGGCGCCAGCUGCAGCACCGGCCUCCACUCGAGCUGCGCCAGCAGCAGCUGCAGCAGCUGCAGCCGUGGACCAGCACGCCCUCCUCGGACUACGCAGACCUCACAGAGAACGCGGAAGAUGACGAGCUGUACACGGUGGAUCCCCCGGGCGCUGGAAGGGACGAUUUCGCUGGUGACGCCGUGGACAACACCAUCCCCCAGACGGUCUUGGCAAGAGAGCCAGCCCGGGUGGGGGCUGCAGCUGCGGCCCUGCGGCCAGGCUUCACGGCGCUCCGGCACAGCAGCCUACACGGUCUGCGCGGCAUGGCUCUGGACUGAACGAGGCACCUGGACCUGGUAGGUCGACUAGACGAUGAGCCGUUUUAGACCAUCGCUAGCGUUAAGCCAUAUGGUUUCUUCGAAUUAGUUGAACCCAUAGGUGGCUGGUCCUGGUUGUCGCCCAUAUGAGGCUUAUAUUUGGAAAGCCCCC